AUGUUUUUGUACGCCGCUGCUGCACCGACUGAAGGUACUAAUAAUGCGUGGGCAGUGGCAUGCGUUGAGUUGCACGAUGGGCGUCCUGUGGUCGGGAUGAUAAAUAUUGGCCCGGAUUCAGUCACCUAUUCGGAGUUCAGUGUUCGUGUUGCGGCGCAUGAGAUUGCGCAUGCACUCGGGUUUGAGGUGGAAGUUUUUGAUGCCAGGAAUAUGGUACAGAUGAUACCUGAGGUUCGUGGAAAAAAUAAUGUGCUCGUUGUGUCUUCACCCAAGACGCUGGAAAAGACUCGUGCGCACUUCAAAUGCACAGGUGCCCCUGGAAUGGAGCUGGAGGAUGAGGGUGGGGGUUCAACGGCAUCAUCGCAUUGGAAGAGACGCAACGCAAAGGACGAGCUGAUGGCUGGAAUUCCCAGUGCCAGCUACUACACGGCGCUGACGAUGGCUGCUUUUGAGGACAUGGGCUUUUACAGGGCACAGUGGAGCAUGGCGGAACAGAUGCCAUGGGGCAACAACUCCGGCUGCGAACUGCUGACGGAGAAGUGCCUGACUGAUGGCGUCAACCGGUAUCCCGAACUGUUUUGCCGCGCCAGAAGAAGAAUUCCGGUAUGCACAUCGGAUCGCUUGGCUCUGGGGGCAUGUAGGACUAUAAUCUACCCAAACCCCCUUCCAGCACAGUUUCAGUACUUCACGGGUCCCAGACGCGGUGGGGUCAUUGGCGACAAAAUGGACUACUGCCCCUACAUUAAAGGGUAUAAGGACAGACGGUGCAUCAAUGGUGGUGCACGUUAUGCGUGGAAGCCGCAUUGGCCCAAGGUCAAGGUGCUUAAAAUCGGAUGGGCUGCGCGAUUCUGCUGGUCUCAUUGGGGACGUCUGCGCUGA